AUGGCAGGCAGCAUAGACAGACUCGAAGCCUUCAUGGUGUCGGAGCACAAGUUGGACCCCUCAGUUUUCCAGAAAGUCAAAGAUUUGGGAGCCCAAUCUGUCAGUGACUUUUUCGGGCUUUACACGGAGUGCGAUUAUGAAGAAGGGGUCAAAGAGCUUUUGCUUGCAGCUCUAGCAGAAUCCAGCUCAGUCGUUUGCGAUCUUAUGUCUGCAUCCAGCACAGCCUUCGCAGAGGAAGACCUUGAAGCCCCAUUCCCCACAGAGCUCAGACAGAAGCAGGAAGAUGCAUUCCUGGCCAAGUACAGUCUCAAGUUUCCGCCGGAGUUUCGGCCUUCCUCGAGCCUCUUGGCACGGCACUACAGAGAGUUCCGCCGCAUGAAGAAGGAAGUUGAUGACCUCCAAAAGGUUCGUAGUGCAGCUGAAAGCUCUGCAAUGCCAGUUACGGAAGUCAAGCAGCUUGGUGAUUUCCGCGUGAUUCUCAAAGCCGAGCCGCCUGCACAGCGGAGCGCGAUUCCAAGUUUGCAUCCAGGCACCAAGGUCAAUGAAUUUGCCGUGUCAGACGUGUUGACCUACCGCACUUUCGCUGCAGAGCGUCUCCGGCGUCACCCGGGCAGUGUGAACCAAGCCAUCCAAUGGUUCUUGGAUCGUGAUCACCAGACUCGCGUUGCAGCAGGCGCGCUGUAUGCAGAAGAUUAUCCAUUCGGUGAGGCUUUGCGUCAGUUUUUCCUUCACAAAACCGCAGUGUUGUGGCAAGUCGGUAAUGUCGGCCUCAUUGAUGAGCCGACAAGGCCGAAACGGAGCUCCACUGCGACUGUGGAGUCGCGCCAAGACGACGCUGAGCUCCCCAACCCAACGCGGCCUCGUGUUCCGCGCACCUCGUCAGGACAGACUGACAGCAGCACUGGCAAGACUAUCACAAGCAACGAUGUGUCCCAGGCCGUGCUAGUCCCCGAAGAGCCCUUCGACAACAUGCUCAUGAAAGCUGCCAGCUCCUUCGCUCGCUGCUACGAUCAGCUUUCCAAGGACUCCUUUCAGCCGGCCACUUUGGCACAGGAGGCCUUCGAAUUCGCUUCGAGAUACGUGGAUCUCAACAAGGAGGCGGAGAGACUAGGCAUGAAACUUUGCAAAAUAAAGCCUAAGCUGCGCAUGUUUUUGGAAUUGUCUUACUGCUGCACCUGCUCUCCUUCAGCGAACUGGUGCUACAGGGAUGAGGAUUUUGCUGGCAAGGUUGCAAUGGCAGCUUUUCGGAGAGGCGGUGCCAACACCGUGCGAGCACUGGCAGAGUCUUACUUCUUACGCUGGAAAUCCAUGUAUGCAGUUCCAGAAUUGUGCUGA